CAGGAACAAGAAAAAAGGAAGAGAGAAGAUAUGAGAACGAGAGGAAUAGCAGUUAGUUAGACAGUCAGAGGGACAGCUUUCACAAAUCAUUUUGUCAGCAGCUAAUUAUUUGGUCUGCCAGAAAGUGGGGGAUCUGGGGGACAAGUGUGAGCCCUGAGCCUGGAGGAGGUUGAGAGAGUAAGAGAUAGCAAAAGAGGAGGUGAGAAGAGUGUCCUCAUCAGGGCUUGAAGCAUAAAAGUGGACACCCAGAGAAGGAGGAGAAGAAAAGGAGGAAAAGGGAGAGGGAGUGGGAGUGCAACCCGAUCCCAGGACUUACACACUGCCGGCAGUGAGAACGCUCGCUCAUAACUUCAACUACUGCUGUUACUACUGACGCUCCGUUUUCAUCCAACACUCAUUGUUCUGGGCUGUUUUUCACUUUCGUUUCCAAUUUUAGUGACCUUCAAAACCUAUUUAUCCAAAAACAAAUUGUUUGACGUUUACAUCACUGAGCAGAGAAACUACAAGGUAUUUUCCGAAGGAUUUAUUUACCUUUCAAUUUCCUCACUGCUCAAGUGUGUGUGUGUGUGUAUGUGUAUGUGUGUGUGUGUGUGUAUGUGUGUCCGGACUUGUGUGAAACAACGUGUGUGAAAGAAGCAUGCAGCAGUUACAGUGGAUGACAACUUCUUCAGCAGGACCUGAAUUUAUAAUCAAGGCUGUAUCAGAGCCACUGGGGGAAUCUUUCUAGGAAGCAAGGGGUCAUCAGAUCAAGAGUUUCACUGUAGGACCAAAAACACGGGAUAUUUUGAGAGGCUUGCUGACAACAACUUGUCAAGCUGUGAAAAAAGAAAACAGAACCAACUAAGAAGCAUCUAAGAAGCACUAACUAGCACACAGACUUGUCAUUGUGUCCAUGCAGCAGGCUUUCUCCUGAGAGCAAGAGGUCUCCAGGACAGGGAGAGAAAGACAGGGUUUUCAGCCAGACUUGCGGUCUUGAACAAGUGCUCCUGUGUGUGUUUGCCAGCAGAGAAACAACACUGAAACCUGUAGCUUAGAGAAACACAGAAAGCUACCCAGCUAAGCUCGUGUUUUGAGCAAAUGCUUAUGUAUUCAGUGUUUAUUUGUGUUCGAGUGUGGCCCUGACAUCACAUGUGCUCAGACCCUGGGGAGCGCUGCCUUGCGUCCGCCCUCUGAGUAAGUGUGUGUGGGAGAGACAGCGUGAACAAGAGUGAGACGGAUCGGCUCAUUUGGCAGGACCUGAAGUGCGAGGGCUAGUCAAACACAAACUCUCCACCUUUGAAUGUGUACUGUCUGGGCUCAGGAGACAAACAGACUCUGUGUGUACUGGGAUUCCCCUCCACUAAUACAUCCCAGCAUUUAUUGACUCCAACAUUACAGGUGCUUUCCAUGACCAGCAUCGUUGUCAUCAUCAUCAUCAUCAACAACAUCAGGAACCAUCCCAGCAUUUCCUUGCCAGUCCGCUACUGACUGUUCCAUCUCCGUCACACCUGAAGUCAGCCUUACCUGUUGCUUUUCAACUGAGUUGGGUACAUUGCAGCACUAGAUCAACAUCACCAUGAGGCAACUUUGUUUGGCGCUAGCCGUUUUUUGCUUGGCAUCUGUAGUUGGGGCCAUGUCCACCUGCAAGACUUUGGACCUAGAGGUGGCGAAGAGGAAGCGAAUCGAAGCCAUUCGUGGACAGAUCCUUAGUAAGCUGCGCAUGGCCAAGGAGCCCGAGCCUGAAGAGGAUGACCCAGUAGAGAACAUCCCAUACGAAAUCAUCUCGCUCUACAACAGCACGGUGGAGACCACCAUGGACCAGCAGAGCAAGCUAGAUCCUGUCUCACAGCAACAGGAAGAAGAGGAGUACUUUGGCAAAGAGAUGCACAAAUUCGACAUGAUUCACUGGACCAAUAACAUAGCAGGGAAGCAGCUGUUCUUUGAUGUGACGAAAAUGAAGCUGAGCAUUCAGAACUACUGGAUGCUGUCUCAGGCCAAGCUCAGGCUGCGUGUGAAAGAUCCUACAAUGCAAAGCGGCUUGCCGCAGAGACUGGAGAUCUACAAGGUUCAGGGCAAUGCGUCAGAAUACCUGGGCUUUUAUGACAUCUCUAACGAUUUGCAAAACAAAUGGAUAUCCAUCGACGUAACAGCUACGCUCAAAGAGUGGCUCCAGUCCUCUGAAACUAAUCAGAGUAUUGAGCUGAGGCUGUACUGUGGAUGUAGAGAGUCUGAGACGUUCAAAUUUACCAUAUCAGGUAUGAUUGAAGAAAGAGGAGACAGAAAUGUUCUUGCCAGCUUAAUGGCCAAGCCGUACAUUCUGGCCAUGUCUGUUCCUUUAGAGGGCCAUAGCCACUUGUCACGCAAAAAGCGAUCCCUUGCCGCGGAGCCAACUUGUGAUGAAAAAACAGAGACGUGCUGCAUGCGGAAACUCUACAUCGAUUUCCGGAAGGAUCUCGGCUGGAAGUGGAUCCACAAGCCUAAAGGAUACUUUGCCAACUACUGCAUGGGCUCCUGUGCCUACAUCUGGAAUGCUGAGAACAAAUAUUCACAGAUUUUAGCCCUUUACAAGCACCAUAACCCCGGUGCAUCGGCUCAACCAUGUUGUGUACCUCAAGUCCUGGAUCCUCUUCCAAUCAUGUAUUAUGUGGGCAGACAAUACAAGGUGGAGCAGCUGUCCAACAUGGUCGUGAAAAGCUGCAAGUGCAGUUAAAGAUUUUGAAGUUCCUUCAACUCAAGUUCUCUCCUACACACACACACAUACACACACACACACACACACACACACACACAUACAUAGUGAUGGGGACAGAAUGUCUCUGAGGGAGAGGAAUGGAAUGACAGCAGAGAGGACCUAAAGAUGAGAAGCAGACCAAGUAAUGAAAAAGAGUAAAGAGGACCUUUAACUUCUGAAUUGCUUCUGAAUUCUAGUCACCAAAGACAACCUAGUAGUCGUCCAUGUACACCAACAACAACAAAAGUGCUUCAUUUCAUUUUAGUAUUCAUUUCAAUAUUGUAUUGCUAUUAAUUUAUUGUUGCUUAGGUCAAGUUGCAUUUUACCAUGUCACAUAAAACUACAUGGCAGAUGUACACUGCUGAUUUCUAUUUCCGUAUGGUGCUGUUGAAAAAAAAACAAAGGACACACAACGUUGGAGGACAGUCCUUCCAGUGUUCUGGAGAAAAUAAAUAAAUGAAUGUGCUUAUCAGCAAAUACUGAGAUGUUUGCACUAAAUGGUGGACACUGAAUCCCUAGAGGACAGCAACGAUGGACCACAAGGACUGUUGACCUCGGUUUUCGGAAACUACUUUUCAAAAUAUGGACAGACAGCUAGUCGCUGAUGAGCCUUUCAUGGCCCCGAGGUAUCCCAAACCUCUAGUCAUUAUUCUGGACAGCUAUAUGUGAAAUCCCCCUACCAAUAAAGGGGGCUUUACCUAGACUCCUUGACUGAAGGGUUCAUUGUGCUGUCUUUUUUUUUUUUUACAUUGCAGGAAGGAAACUAUCCUGUGAUAGAUUUUCAUUAUGUAUAUUUUUAAGACGAACCUAUUCAAAUUCAAGUCCAAAACUUUAAUAUUCUACAUAUCUAGUGAGCACUUCGGAGUAUCAAUUAAGACAUCUAUAUAUGAAGAGACGUAUGGAGGGUAGGGGUUGCACGACUACUAACUUUUACUAGUCGACUAGUAAUUCGAAAUGUAUUUGACUAGUCGUUUUUCCAGGUAAAGCAAAAACUGUUUCAGGACAUCGCUAUUUCAAGGCUGUUUUAUUUGUGCAGCACAAAAUUGCAUUUUAAUUAACAACUAUACUGAGACUGCAAAUUGUAUUUCCAGCCUCGAUGCUUUUUAGGCAACAUCGUUAACGAUGAAAGUAAAUAAAUUGGUGCAAUACAUGUGCAAAAUAAUAAAUCUGUGUUUCAUAUUACACUUACUAAGGACGUACUAGUUCUUAAAAUGCACUCGUGUUUCAAGUUUCAAAUGAUGGCUAAGUGGGAUUCGGGAAAAGAGAGCAUGCAGAAGAAGCUCCUUAUAGCUUAAUAAUGGAUGAUGAAUGCGAUGUCUACGGAAGCGUCUAGAUGGUUUUUCCGCCCUGGUUAGUAGCAUCCGGAUAGCAAACUAGCUGUGUGGGACUGAGUAGUGAUGUGCAACCCGUGGCUCUGAAAAUACUCUUUCACACAGCACUGGUCAUAAUGGAAUUCACUAAGACACAAUGCAAUUUAAAAAAAAACAAACUGUUAAAGUGUUAAGGCGAAAGAAAUAAAAAGACUUGAUAAAAAAGACCCACGCUAGUCCUGUGAAGCUGACGGUAGAAUUAGCUUCAUCUAAUCUGGAACAUUUUCACACUAACAAAACACACUUAGCCUGCUUUCUGUACCGUCCACAGAGGCGACUAGUCGACUAGUCUAUGUAACCCCUAAUGUAGGGCGCUCUACUAUUUUCCCAAAACCAUCCAUCCAUCCUUUCUUUUUUUUUUUUUUUUGUACAAGCAGAGCAGGGCCUGUGCAUGGUCCUUCACCUGUGUUUAAUGUGCACGUCUCUGUUCUUUGUCCAAUGGAGAGAGUGAGUUUUGAGUGUGUCUCUUUCCUCUGAAUUUGGCCUUGAUGCGUUGACGUGUAUAGCAAACAUAGCGCGAUUAUUUAUAGUGGCAGCCUGCUUUCUUUCUCGCUCCCAAAUGAAAAGGGCCGGUUGUGGUGUUGGUUUAAGAGCGCAGUCCUAAGCAUAAUACAUAAUACAUAUACUUCCUACAAAGCCCAAUAUUUUGGGACAGAAAGACGUUCUGACCUCGUGUAGAGGUGAAAUAUAAUAUUUUGUGUAGGAUGUUUUAGAGCUUUAUAGUUUUUUAAUUGUUUUACUGUAGAGUUUUUUUAUUGUAUUGUAAUGUGUGAAAAAGAAAAUGUGUUUUCUUUGUGUAAUUCUAUCAGUUUGUUUCAUUUCAAAACUAUGAAAAAGGUUGUAAAGGUCAUAACUCAUACUCUUCACAGUGAUCAUAUAUCAUCUACUGGUUUAUAUUUGCACCAACUUUAUUCCAUUAUCUUCACACACUGUUGAAAUAAACCAAAGCUUUAAUGGAGGGAUGCAACUAGACCAUGCUACAGACUAAA